CGCACUGGGAAGGAAGAUAGCAGCAACAAUAUGGCGACAGCCGCAUUUACUCCCGGCUCUUUCUCACAUCUGCAGUUCGGUGACAGCUGUCUGGAUUUCUGUUAAUGCGAGAAAAAAUUUGUCCCAGCUUUACCUGUGAGUGCACACGAACUGCUGGUCAUGCUAUUGCAUCCUGGUUUGAAUCACCUUGACGGAUCAAUUGAUGUAGCGUUGGUGGAAGGAGACUUGGAGGUUGUGCCGUGGUUGGGUUACUUAAAUCGGACUUCGUUCCCCUUCUUUUUCUCCAACAUAUACUCAGAUACCGGGUUGCCGGAUCUCUCUCUGCCUGUGGAUUGCUUUUGAGUUCGUUUUUGAUUUAUACCCAGAGCUGGAUGUCUGGGAUGGAAAACAAAUAAAGAGGAAAUAGCUGCAGGAUGAAAACAUGGCCGCACCCCUUCUUGCACCCCCAGGACCUGACAGCUUCAAGAAAUUCACCCCGGAGUCACUCGCUAAUAUCGAGAAACGCAUCAAAGAAGAGAAGAACAAGAAGCCGCCCAAGCCAAGAUCAGACAGCAGUCACCGCGACACAUCCGACGAAAAUGAGCCCAAGCCCAACAGUGACCUGGAGGCUGGGAAGAGCCUGCCGUUCAUCUACGGCGAUAUCCCUGAUGGAAUGGUGGCCACACCACUGGAGGAUUUGGACCCGUUCUACCUGAAUCAGAAAACGUUUAUAGUCUUAAACAAGGGGAAAACACUCUUCCGCUUCAGUGCCACGCCCUCCUUGUACAUCAUAAGUCCUUUUAAUCUAUUUAGGCGAAUAGCUAUUAAAAUUUUGAUACAUUCGCUAUUCAGCAUGAUCAUCAUGUGUACGAUUUUGACCAACUGCAUAUUCAUGACAUUCAGCGAUCCCCCGGAGUGGUCCAAGCAAGUAGAGUAUACCUUUACAGGUAUCUAUACGUUUGAGUCACUCACAAAAAUUGUUGCCCGAGGUUUUGCCAUCGACGGGUUCACCUUUCUCAGAGACCCUUGGAACUGGCUGGACUUCAUGGUCAUUUCAAUGGCAUAUAUAACAGAGUUUGUGGACCUUGGGAAUGUCUCGGCGCUGAGAACGUUCAGGGUUCUCCGAGCACUGAAAACUAUUUCUGUCAUUCCAGGCCUGAAGACCAUUGUGGGCGCUCUAAUCCAGUCUGUGAAGAAGCUGUCGGACGUGAUGAUCCUGACCGUCUUCUGUCUCAGUGUCUUCGCUCUGAUUGGACUGCAGCUGUUCAUGGGGAACCUGCGGAAUAAAUGCGUGAUCUGGCCGAUCAACAUGACGGCUCUGUACCCGAAUGGCAGCCGGGCUUUUGACUGGGGUGAAUACAUCAUGAACACCUCUAAUUUCUACUUCCUCCCUGGUCAGCUUGAUGCUCUGCUAUGUGGAAAUAGUUCUGACUCAGGACAAUGUCCAGAGGGUUUUACAUGUAUGAAAGCUGGAAGGAACCCGAACUACGGUUAUACCAGCUUUGAUAGCUUUGGAUGGGCUUUCCUCACCCUCUUUCGUCUCAUGACCCAAGACUUCUGGGAAAAUCUCUACAUGCUGACUCUUCGAGCUGCAGGGAAGACGUACAUGAUCUUCUUUGUGCUGGUCAUCUUUGUGGGCUCCUUCUACCUGGUGAAUCUGAUCUUGGCUGUGGUGGCCAUGGCCUAUGAGGAGCAGAACCAAGCCACGAUUGAAGAGGCACAGCAGAAAGAGGCAGAAUUCAAAGCCAUGCUCGAACAGCUCAAGAAGCAACAAGAAGAGACUCAGGCUGCUGCCAUGGCGACAUCUGCUGGUACUGUGUCAGAGGCUGCGUUAGAAGAUGAAGGUGGGGGGCACUUGUCCCGCAGCUCCUCGGAGGUCUCCAAGCUGAGCUCCAAGAGUGCAAAAGAGCGUCGCAAUCGCAAAAAGAAAUGGCGACAAAAAGAGCAGGAGAAAGAGAAAGGAGACAGUGAGAAGGUGGUUAAGUCCGAGUCAGAUGAUGGCAGCAAGAAAAGCACCAUUCGAUUCCCAGGGAGUCGACUGGGAAGGAAGACGUCCAUUAUGAACCAGUCACUACUCAGCAUCCCAGGCUCACCCUUCAUGUCGCGCCACAACAGCCGCAGCAGCAUCUUCAGCUUCAAAGGCCGUUCCAAGGACAUGGGCUCAGAGAAUGAAUUUGCAGACGACGAGCACAGUACAGUAGAGGAGAGCGAAGACCGUAGAGGAUCCCUGUUUAUACCUUACCGUCGCAACAGCUACAGUGGCAACAGCCAGGGCUCAUCACGCAUCCAUCCGCUGGCACCCCACCCUGGAGGGAAGAGGAACAGCACAGUGGACUGCAAUGGCGUGGUGUCUCUCAUCGGCCCUGGGCCCGGCAGACGGCUUCUGCCUGAGGUGAAAAUAGAUAAGGCAGCCACUGAUGACAGUACUACAGACGUUGAGAUUAAGAAGAAGCACUCUGGCUCUCUCAUGGUGUCUGUGGAUCAGCUCAACUCCUCCUUCAAAGGGAAGGACCGUGCCAACAGUCAAAUGAGUGUAGUCACCAACACUCUGAUAGAGGAAUUGGAGGAGUCUCAAAGAAAGUGUCCUCCCUGCUGGUACAAGUUUGCUAACGUCUUUCUCAUCUGGGAAUGCUGUCCCAUGUGGCUAAAACUCAAGCACAUAGUCUACUUGAUUGUCAUGGACCCCUUUGUUGACCUGGCCAUCACCAUCUGUAUUGUUCUCAACACCCUUUUCAUGGCCAUGGAGCACUACCCAAUGACUCCACAUUUUGAAGAAGUCCUGUCUGUUGGAAACCUGGUUUUCACUGGCAUCUUUGCUGGGGAGAUGUUUGCCAAGCUAAUUGCCAUGGAUCCCUACUAUUACUUCCAGGAAGGCUGGAACUGCUUCGAUGGCUUCAUUGUGACUCUGAGUUUAGUCGAGCUGGGACUGGCUGAUGUGGAAGGCCUGUCAGUGCUCAGGUCUUUCCGAUUGUUGAGAGUGUUUAAAUUGGCCAAAUCAUGGCCAACACUCAACAUGCUGAUCAAGAUCAUUGGCAACUCAGUGGGAGCUCUGGGUAAUCUAACCCUGGUGUUGGCCAUCAUUGUCUUCAUCUUUGCCGUGGUGGGAAUGCAGCUAUUUGGCAAAAGCUAUAAAGACUGUGUGUGUAAGAUUGCAGAAAGCUGCGAGCUGCCACGCUGGCACAUGCACGACUUCUUCCACUCCUUCCUAAUUGUGUUCAGAGUGUUGUGUGGGGAAUGGAUUGAGACCAUGUGGGACUGUAUGGAGGUGGCAGGACAGACAAUGUGUCUAACGGUCUUCAUGAUGGUCAUGGUGAUUGGUAACCUAGUGGUGCUGAACCUGUUUCUGGCCCUGCUGCUGAGCUCAUUCAGUGCAGACAACCUUGCUGCCACCGAUGAUGAUGGUGAGCCCAACAACCUCCAGCUCGCGGUUGCUCGCAUUAAGCUGGGGAUUGCCUGGUUCAAGGCAAACAUGCGGGUUUUUGUAGCCACAAUGCUAAAGAAGCCUGUCGAAGACGAACAGAAGCCUUUGGAUGAAAUGUAUGAGAAGAAGCUCAACUGCAUUGCAAAUCACACAGUGGAUAUCAAUCGAGGACUGGACUAUGCUAAAAAUGGCAAUGGGACCACCAGCGGAAUUGGGAGCAGCGUGGGAAAGUACAUGAUUGAUGACGACUACAUGUCCUUCAUCCACAACCCAAACCUCACUGUCUGCGUUCCAAUCGCUGUUGGCGAGUCUGACUUUGAAAACCUUAAUACUGAAGAUUUCAGCAGUGAAUCCGAUGUGGAAAACAGCAAAGAUCUGGAUGACACCAGCUCGUCUGAGGGCAGCACAAUAGACAUCAAGCCUGAUGUGGAGGAGGUGGCAGUGGUGGAGGUUGUGGAGGAGUAUCUUGACCCAGAAGCCUGCUGGACAGAUGAGUGUGUGGCCAAAUAUAAGUGCUGUGAUGUUCCCAUUACUCACGGGUGGGGGAAGUACUGGUGGUUCCUGAGGAAGACCUGCUACCUGAUAGUGGAACACAACUGGUUUGAAACCCUGAUCAUCUUCAUGAUCCUGCUCAGCAGUGGGGCCCUGGCCUUUGAGGACGUGUACAUAGAACAGAGGAAGACAGUCCGUAUCAUCCUGGAGUAUGCGGAUCGUGUUUUCACCUACAUCUUCAUCCUGGAGAUGUUGCUGAAAUGGGUGGCUUAUGGCUUUGUCAAGUACUUUACAAAUGCCUGGUGCUGGUUGGACUUCUUCAUUGUUGAUGUGUCUAUAGUCACCCUUAUAGCUAAUGCGUUGGGCUACUCCGAUCUAGGCCCGAUUAAAUCACUCAGGACACUGAGGGCCUUGAGACCCCUCAGGGCCCUGUCACGUUUUGAAGGGAUGAGGGUUGUAGUGAAUGCCUUGGUGGGUGCAAUUCCCUCAAUCAUGAAUGUGUUGCUGGUGUGUCUCAUCUUCUGGCUCAUCUUCAGCAUCAUGGGUGUCAAUCUGUUUGCUGGAAAGUAUUACUAUUGUUUCAAUGAGACAGCUGAGGAGUACUUUCUACCGGAUGAGGUGAACAACAAAACAGAGUGCCUCAAACUCAUCAGUGACAACUAUACUGAAGUCAGAUGGAAGAAUGUCAAGAUCAAUUUUGACAACGUGGGCGCGGGAUACCUGGCACUCCUACAAGUGGCAACAUUCAAAGGCUGGAUGGACAUCAUGUAUGCGGCAAUAGAUUCUAGAAAGGUGGAGGAUCAGCCCAUUUAUGAGGACAACUUGUACAUGUACAUCUACUUUGUCAUAUUCAUCAUCUUUGGCUCAUUCUUUACCCUAAACCUCUUCAUUGGUGUCAUCAUUGAUAACUUCAAUCAACAAAAGAAAAAGUUUGGAGGUCAGGAUAUCUUCAUGACAGAAGAGCAGAAGAAGUAUUACAAUGCAAUGAAGAAACUUGGGUCCAAGAAACCACAGAAACCAAUCCCCAGGCCCCAGAACAAAAUCCAGGGCAUGGUGUUUGACUUUGUGACGCAGCAGGUGUUUGACAUCUCCAUCAUGAUACUCAUCUGCCUCAACAUGGUCACUAUGAUGGUGGAGACAGACAAUCAGUCGGAGGAGACAGAGAACGUGCUUUACUGGGUCAACUUUGUCUUCAUUGUUGUCUUCACUGGCGAGUUUUUACUGAAGCUCUUCGCACUACGUCACUAUUACUUCACCAAUGGCUGGAACAUUUUCGAUGUGGUUGUGGUCAUCCUUUCAAUUGUGGGAAUGUUUCUGGCUGACCUGAUUGAGAAAUACUUUGUCUCACCAACACUGUUCAGGGUGAUCCGUCUGGCUCGUAUCGGCAGGAUCCUGCGUCUCAUCAAGGGGGCCAAAGGAAUCAGAACUCUUCUGUUUGCCCUUAUGAUGUCACUUCCUGCCUUGUUCAAUAUUGGCCUCCUUCUUUUCCUGGUUAUGUUCAUUUUCUCCAUCUUUGGAAUGUCUAACUUUGGCUAUGUGAAAUACGGGGCUGGAAUUGAUGACAUGUACAAUUUUGAAACCUUUGGCAACAGCAUGAUCAUCCUGUUUAUGAUCACCACGUCUGCGGGAUGGGAUGGCCUUCUGCUGCCUAUUCUGAACUACCCUCCGGACUGUGACCCCUACUUGGAGAACUCUGGGACCCCUGUUACGGGAGACUGCGGCAACCCAUCGGUGGGCAUCUUCUUCUUUGUUAUGUACAUCAUCAUUUCUUUCCUGAUUGUAGUCAACAUGUAUAUUGCCAUCAUCCUGGAGAAUUUCAGCGUGGCCACAGAGGAGAGUGCAGACCCACUCAGUGAGGAUGACUUUGAGACCUUUUAUGAAAUUUGGGAGAAGUUUGACCCAGAUGCCUCCCAGUUCAUCACCUAUGCCAAGCUUUCUGACUUUGCAGAUGCACUCGAACACCCACUCCGCGUGCCCAAGCCUAAUACCAUUGAACUGAUUGCAAUGGACAUGCCUAUGGUGAGUGGAGACCGCAUACACUGUCUGGACAUCCUCUUUGCCUUCACCAAGCGUGUGCUGGGUGACAGCGGCGAGUUGGACAUGUUGAGGCAACAAAUGGAGGAGCGUUUCGUGGCUGCCAAUCCUUCCAAGGUCUCUUAUGAGCCUAUCACCACCACUCUGAGACGCAAGCAGGAGGAUGUGUCUGCCAGAAUCAUUCAAAGGUCCUACCGCUCCCAUUUGGCCAGUCGGGGUUUUGUUUGUAAGCGCAAACCAGCCAAUAACAAAGACGAGAAUGGUGGUAACAAUCAGGAACAAGAAAAGAAAGAGGGCACUCCCUCAACUGCCUCCCUGCCUUCUUAUGACAGUGUAACCAAACCUGAGAAGGAGAAACAGGACGACAACAAUGAGGGCAAAGGGGGAAGGAAAGAGAAAGGAAGAAACCAAAAAGACAUCAGGGAAUCCAAAUGUUAGGCCACUGGAUGUAUAUUCACAGUAAUAACAAAAAGAUGAUACUAAUGCGAGCGGAAACUCACCAACACAGUUGUACAGAUUAUUUCAUUUGCAAGUCAGAAAAAAAAAGUCUUCAGUAAUUUUGUUUACAGACUUCAUUCUUAUAUUGAUGCAGAGAGAAGCAUCUUGGUCUGUUACAGCUUGAAGACUUGAACUUUAGUCAAACCAAACAUAAUCAGCAUACUGUGCGACUCUGUAUCUGGACUACUUAACAAAAAGUCAAUCAAAACAGACUGCGUCCCAUACCGCUCACGUAUGACUGGUCUUACAGAUAAGUUGAGCAAACUCUACACCAAGAGGUGAAAUGGAAAAAACAACAACAAAAAAAUCACGCGUCUGGAUGCAAGGAAUGGUUUUCUUAUGGAAGACAGUACUGUGAAAGACAACAAGGAUGCUGCUCGCUGCUCAAGAAACGCCUUCUUGCAGCAGCCACAGAGUGUUUCUGUGUCGUUUAAUACAGAAAUGUAUAAAGGAACAAAUGGCACACUCACUCUAUGAGCAAACAGAAGGUGAGUGAAAGACACAAAUAACAGUGUGAACUACUUUUUUGUUUUAUUGAGCUAGAAAUUGUUUUCGUUUUGUUUUUUGAGCAGCGAAAAUGCAAACAGAAGAAAAAAAAAGAACAAUAUCCAACAAGUUUGCCCAUGUCAAUCAACUCUUCUACUCAUUUUAUCUUUGUUAUAAUCCACAUCGAAAUCCUUUUUUUAACAUGGGCUUUCACACCAAAUUGAGUAAGUGUCUGUUUAUUAUGGAGUCAACUCGGGCCAAGGGCUUAACAUUUACUCAGAAAGAUUUCCAAACAAAUAAUAAGUGUGCUUGUUCAAUGCAUAGAAAUGACUUGCAUGAUGGCAUGUUUUGAUCAGAAAUCUUUGCAUGAAUUAUCAUAGUCCACAAGACACUAAUACUCAGACCACGACGGUGGCUCGACUGUACGAUCAAGACAUGUUCGAAAUUUGAAAGUUCAGAGUAAUUUGUUCCACGAAGAUAAGCGAUGUGGGGAGGGGGGGGUUGAUCAGCUUAAAAUGGAUCCAAAUUUUAAUCUCAUUACUCAGCACAUUUCAAAUUACUGUUUAAACCUGUUGUCUCUAUAGAUGGAAGAAUGAUAUAUGUCGGGAAAUGAUAGCACCGUCAGUCCAUCAGUGGGUGAAAUAAAAAAUAAAUAAAUAAGUAAAUAGUUGCUGCUUUGGAGAUUUUGAGUGUGUAAGAUUUAGAGAGAGAUAUUUGUGUGUGUCAUGGGACUGAAAUGUUUGUUAAUUUGGACAGAAAUACAGUAUUUUCAAGGGCACAGCACUUUGAAAUGAAAAAAAAAGAAGCUUAUAUUUAUAAUUUGUAUGCACCUAUGUAAUGCUCCAUACCAUCUGCCUUUAUUUUUGUGUAAUCGGGCAUUGUGGGUAUCCUGCUGUCAGUGGUUUGUGGGGAUUUCACAGGUUUGGCAAACUCCUUUCUAUUUCUAAUGUUUCUCUGUGGGUGGUUAGACCUUUUCUGAUAGGGCUGACAAGAGUUUUGAUCCUUGUUAGGUUAAUUUAUUUACACAAAAUGUAAAUGUAUGUAUCUUUUGUUGUUGUUGUUGU